AUGUCAUGCCACUCCUUCCAGCUGGGCUCCAGAUGUGGCAAUCGGAGCUUUAGCUCAUUCACAGCUGUCAUCCCCCGGAUGGUGACCCACCACACAGUGAGCAAGGGGCCCUGCCGGCCUGGGGGCGGUGGGGGCCUGCGAGCCCUAGGCUGCCUCACUUCACGGAGCCUCUGCAAUGUCAGCUUUGGGAGGCCCAGGGUCGCUUCCAGAUGCAAUGUACCUGGCUUUGGGUAUCGAGUCGGGGGGCCCUGUGGGGCUUCUCCCUGCAUCACCCCUGUCACCAUCAAUGAGAGUCUGCUGGUGCCCCUCGAGCUAGAGAUUGAUCCAACGGUGCAGAGGGUGAAAAGGGACGAGAAGGAGCAGAUCAAGGGCCUCAACAACCGCUUUGCAUCCUUCAUCAACAAGGUGCGGUUCUUAGAGCAGCAGAACAAGUUGCUGGAGACCAAAUGGAACUUUCUACAGCAGCAAAGGUGCUGCCAGAGCAACAUCGAGCCCAUCUUUGAGGCCUACAUCUGCUCCCUCCGGAGGGAGCUGGACUGUGUGGCCGGGGACAGGGCCAGGCUGGAGUCGGAGCUCUGUGGCCUCCAGGAUGUGCUAGAAGGCUACAAGAAAAAAUAUGAAGAGGAGCUCUCCUUGAGACCCAGUGCCGAGAAUGAGUUUGUUGCCUUGAAGAAGGACGUGGACACAGCCUUCCUGAUGAAGGCUGACCUGGAGACGAAUGUGGAGGCUCUGAUCCAGGAGAUUGACUUCCUAAAAGGCCUUUAUGAGGAGGAGAUCUGUUUGCUCCAGUCUCAGAUCUCAGAGACUUCGGUCAUUGUGAAGAUGGACAACAGCAGACAGCUGGACGUGGACAGCAUCAUCGCUGAGAUCAAGGCCCAGUAUGAUGAGAUCGCCAGCCGCAGCAAAGCUGAAGCAGAGGCCUGGUACCAGUGCCGGUUUGAAGAGCUGAGGAUGACAGCUGGGAACCACUGUGACAACCUUCGAAACCGCAAGAAUGAGAUCCUGGAGAUGAGCAAGCUAAUCCAACAGCUGCAGCAAGAAAUUGAGAAUGUCAAAGCCCAGCGCUGCAAACUCGAGGGGGCCAUAGCCACAGCGGAACAGCAAGGCGAGGCCGCCCUCAGCGAUGCCAAAUGCAAGCUGACAGGACUGGAGGAGGCCCUGCAGAAGGCCAAGCAGGACAUGGCCUGCCUGCUCAAGGAGUACCAGGACGUGAUGAACUCCAAGCUGGGCCUGGACAUCGAGAUCGCCACCUACAGGCGUCUGCUGGAGGGCGAGGAGCACAGGCUGUGCGAAGGGGUUGGACCUGUGAAUAUCUCCGUGAGCAGUUCCAAAGGCGCUGUUCUGUAUGAGCCCUGUGUGGUCAGCACACCCAUGGUGGGGACCGAGUACUGCCCAGGGGGCACCAGCAUCCUGCGGAGCAGCGGGGGCUGCAGCAUGAUGGGCACUAGUGAACUCUACAUCCCAUGCAAGCCGCAAGGCAUCCUGAGCUGUGGGAGUGUGAAAAGCUCCAGCAUAAAGCUAGGGGCUGGGGGCAGUUCCUCCCACAAGUGUUAA